CUGUUUUUAUUAUUUCUCCAGAAGAAUUCUCAGCUGAAAACUUCUCUGUGGAAGUAUCAGAACUUCAACUGAUGUUCCGUCGAACGUCCAUAAAUUGUCCUACGUUUAGUAUUCAUUGGGUGCCAUUUGUUGGGUCGAUCAGUCGUUCAUCUUCGUGGAUUCUAAUCUCAAAACGAGUCGCAAAGUCUUGCUAUCUUGCCAAAGAUUUCACGUGCGUGAUAUAUAGUUCCUCUUGUUGAAUCCUAACUAGUAAUAUGAUGGAUUAAGUGAGUGCUUCAUUCCUUCUCUGCUGCUUCUCAAUAAUUUCCGAUUUUUUGGGCGAAAGUGAAUUGCGUGUUCCCAAUUUUCAUGACGCGCGUUACAUAAUAUUUGCAAGGCAAUAUAGGACUUGGGGGCUUGUCAGGAGGGAUGACAUCGAAUCCGUCAACGCCGCUGAGCCAGCGCCGCGUGCACGCAAACGGAGCCGCGGGAGGGUUGAGGGGCUCGCGUAUUCCGCAGCUGACGUCGCCCCAGCCGUUCCGACGUUCCGUGUCGUUGCGCUUGCGUGGCAGCAAGAGCACGUCGAGCAGCAACUUCGCCUCGCCAACUUCUCCGCCGAAGCCAUUUCACAUGAGCCGUCCAUUGGAGCGCGCUCAGCUCUCGGGGAAAGCGCCACCUUCCACCACGGAGUCGGUCAGCAGCGAUGCCAAGGAGGCCCCCGCCGCGGGGCCCUCCUGCAACCACCACCACUACCAGUUCUGCGACGGACACAGGCCGAGCCAGCUUCAGUCGCCCUCAGAAGUCCCCGCGGGCAGUUUCGGUGCCACGAAACGCGACCAUGGCUUGUCAUUGAAUCUAAACAAUUCGGCACCAUCAACUUCUGCGGGAAAGUCGCCACUGACGCCGCAGACGCCAAAGACUCCAUCUGGAGCCGGAAAGACGCCAAAGACUCCGCCUGUGACCCCUGACCUCUAUCCAAAUGGCUACUACGAGGACGACAUGGACUCCGUGCACAGCUACAGCUCCGGACGCUCCACCAUGUCCUGCGAGCACGCCUAUGUGGCCAGAAAUGGGACAACAUUCAGCGGAAGGAGGAUGAAAUAUGUGGUGCACUGCUCCAGUUAUGCAGGAGCAACAGGAGAGGAUUACUUGACGCCCACGCAGCGUGCACAGCGUCAAAUUAGACGCCUCCGCGAAAUGCUGUUGCAGGCAAAGUUAGAUCUUGAGCAGAAAGACAGUGAAAUUCUGCGCCUGACAAAGGAAGUUGUGGAACUGAGGCUCUUCAAGGCGUCUCUGAGCUCUCCGGAGGAUCGGUCAAACUCCAGUGAUGCCGUAACAGUGCGUGAAAACACCGCGAAUGACCUGCAGACGUCAACAGAUGUGUCUCCCAUUGUGGAUAUGGUGGAUGAGUGUGGCGCAGUAUCGAAAUUGAGUCCGCGACAUCAGCUUUUGCAGGCAAAUCAUGUGCAAAUGAUGGAGAAAUUGUGUCAAUCCGAGAUGCAGAGCUCAUUUGCUGAUUCUGGUCACUUUGAGGAUAUGACAACGUCGUCAUUCCACUCGAAAGACUCAUUUGUGCAGACGCAGGAUCAGGCGAGCGGCUCGGACUACACGGAGGCCGAUCGGCAGGAGUUGAUUGACAUCUACGAGCGUCGCAUUGAGGAGCUCAUUCGACAACAUGACAGCGAGAAGCAGGACAUCAAGAUGACGCAGAAUGAUCGCGUGGAGGCUCUGCUGCAGAAGAUGUCGGAGAGCAAUGCACGAUUCACAGAUCUUGUGCCGGACUACGAGCAGGCGAAGGAGCGCAUCAGGGAGCUGGAGAAGGAGCUCGAGGUGCUGCAGGCGAAGUUGCGUGAGCAGGAAGACAAGCAGAAUAAGAUGUACCUGCACAUGUAUGCAAAGGGACAGGAAGCGGAGAGACUCAGUCAUGCGGAUCAGGUGAUGGAAUUCGCCAGGCAGGCGCCCAAGCGUGUCUCAGUUCCGGAGCUCUUACAGCAAUUGCAAGUGACUCAAGACGAAUUGGAAAAUAUCAAGGAUACAAGCUAUCAUCCCGAAUGUGGCAGUUCCCAAAUCCUGUUAAGCGCUAAAGAAGCGAUUUCAUUGUGGCUCCUUGGCGCAAGGAAGACUAUGUAUCGUCGCUUGAUUGAUGCACAACAAUCGAAGAAUAAGGUUGAUCCUGAAGUGACGCUGCAAUUUCUCAAAAGUGCAAUUUAUUAUUUUCUUACGGACAAGGAGAAUUCGCAGGGGCAUUUGAAUGCAAUUGAAAGUAUUUUGGGAUUCUCUGAUCUCGAGAAAUCCAACAUUGAUAAGGCUAGAUCUAACAAGUGAUUUUUUUUACAUUCUCUUUACAUUGAUAUCCUAUUUAUUGUGGUUAUGUAUCCUUAUUUGAUUGCAAAAGACAUUUUUUUUCGUAUCCAGUGAUAUUCCAUAUUACACUAUUAGACUGCUUCUGUAAAUUAGUCUAGAGAACAUUCGACAUAACGAAGUAAAAGAUAGAUUUACUGAAUAACACAAUAUGUGAUUUAUGAAGUCGUCAGUAAUAUUGAAUUUAUGAAAUGAGCUGUAAUAGACAAAACCGAAGCUACGUCCAUAGAAUAAUUUAUCACUUUAGUUUCGACAAAUUGAUUCGGCCGCCGGUGCCUGUAAAGCUGUAACUGUACAACAAAUGCGAAAAGAUUAUUUUGGGAAAAGACAUGAUAUUGUGAAUGCAUUUAAGAUUAUUAUUUUAAGAAUGAUAACUUACAUCACACCUCCGAUGAAGAUAAGCACUCUUAAGCAAAAUCUCUAUAUUUAAUUGUUUUUUUGGUGUUGUUAGAUAUGUUGGGACGCUAAAUAAAUUGUUGAAAAUGAACACAA